AAAGCUAUAUUCAAAAUUUAGUUUAUAAAUCGUUUAUACAAACGAAUAAUAUAAACUAUACAGUUUAUAUUAUAAUUGAAUCAGUGAGAAAUACUAUAUAAAUAAAGAUCUUGAACAAUGGAGGAAGAGGCCAAAAAGCCAGUGUGUUUAAUAAUUUUAGGUAUGGCAGGAGCGGGAAAAACAUCGUUUACAAGACGAUUAGCAGGAAAAGUCAUUAAUGGUGCAAGGCCCUAUUUAAUAAAUUUAGAUCCUGCUUGUCGAGAAGUGCCAUAUCCAGCUAAUAUAGAUAUAAGAGACACAGUAGAUUAUAAGGCAGUUAUGAAACAGUAUGGAUUAGGACCAAAUGGUGGAAUAGUCACUGCUCUGAAUUUAUUCUCAACUAAGUUUGGACAAGUUUUAGAUCUAAUAGAAAAAGCUGGCAAGAAACAUAAAUAUUGUGUUAUUGAUACACCAGGUCAAAUCGAGGUAUUCACAUGGUCAGCAUCAGGUACUAUAGUUACAGAGACCUUGGCAUCAUCAUGUCCCACAGUAGUAGUAUAUGUAAUGGACACAGUAAGAAGUGUAUCACCUGUCACAUUUAUGUCUAACAUGUUAUAUGCAUGUUCAAUACUGUAUAAGACUCGAUUACCUUUUAUUGUUGUUAUGAAUAAGACAGAUGUAGUUGAUAAUGCCUAUGCAGUUGAGUGGAUGAGAGAUUUUGAAGCUUUUCAAGAAGCAUUAGAUUCAGAAGAUACUGGCGAAGGCAGUUCUUAUGUAGGAAAUCUCACUCGGUCUAUGGCACUUGCACUGGAUAAUUUUUAUACUGAUCUAAAAUGUUGUGGAGUCAGUGCUCAUACAGGAGAUGGAAUAGAUGAAUUUUUCAAGUUAGUUGAUGAAGCUGCAGAGGAAUAUGAAAGAGAUUACAAAGCGGAUUGGUUAAAAAUGCGUGAAGAAAAACUUGAAGAAGAGAAACGAACCGAAGUAGAAAGAAAAAAUACCACAGACACUAAUGAUGCAGUCAUAGGAAAGAGCAAGCUUAUUGAAGAAGUGAUGGGCGGGAGGGAGAUAAGUGAUAUGUAUUUGAAGCAUCCGGGAAAUGAGAGUUCCAGUGAUGAAGAAGGUGAAGAACACAAACCAGAUAUUGAUGACAAACCAGAAGAUGUCCUAGCAUUUCAAGAGUUUAUUAAUAAGCAUGUAAAACCUAAUAAUAGUGAGAGCAAAACUUGAAAUAUAAAAUAAAAUAUGACAAAAGGUAAA